AUGCCUGUUGCAAAUGUCUGUAAACUCGGAACUUGUCCACUCGAAUAUGGAAUGGUGCAUUACCAGCCUACUCUGUUUGGAAAUGUAUUUUACCUCGGCAUAUUUGCUGCUCUCCUCAUGAUUCAUAUCAUCCAGCUAUGGCGUUGGAAAGCAUGGAGUUUUUCGUGCUGUAUACUUCUUGGACUUGUUCUCGGAGUAGUUGGUUAUUUUGGCAGAGUUCAGAUGCAUUAUGAUCCUUUUGCUUCGAAUCCAUUUUUGAUAUGCGUCUUCCAAUACUUGAUAUGCGUAACGAUCGCGCCCGUUUUCUUUACAGCAUCAAUAUAUAUAACCUAUUCUCGUGUACUUCUCCACUUUGGGCCACAUUUGUCGAGGUUUAGCCCCAAGGCCAUCUCUGUCACUUUCAUGGCUGCCGACUGGAUCGCGCUUAUCCUCCAAGCAGCUGGCGGGGCGAUUACAGACACCGCUGCGACAGAAGCCGGGAUGAAAAGUGGGACAGAUAUAUUGGUUGCAGGGCUGAGCUUUCAAGUAUUUGGCUUGAUCCUAUUCAUGAUGGUAGCUGUAGAGUAUUCCUUCAAAGUAAGAGGGGAGAGAACUCGAAGACAAGCAGCAAGCUGGGCGGCAGGUGAGAGUAAAAUGGGGGCAAGCGAAAGAAAGAUGAGGUAUCUCUGCUAUGGUCUUACUGUGGCAACUGUCCUCAUCCUUAUUCGUUCAAUAUUCCGUGUUGCCGAACUUGCUAAAGGAUUUCAGUCGAAGCUUGCCAAUGAAGAGAUUCCUUUUAUGAUACUCGAGAGUGCAGUUAUGAUAUCGGCUACCACGAUUAUGACGAUAUUUCACCCCGGGUUAAUCAUCAGGGGGAAAUGGAAAGAAUCCGGCUGGGAAUUGAAGGGAUGGAAGAACGAGCAAAACUGA